AUGUGGCAAUCGUUCUUCACCAGCGCCGGCAUUCCGCCCAACAUUGCUGCCAGGUACGCCAAAUCGUUCGCCGACAACCGAAUUGACGAGGGGAUGCUCGGCGACUUGGACAAGGCCACCCUCGUCGAACUGGGCGUGCAGGCAGUUGGUGAUCAGCUCGCCAUUCUUCGACGUAUCAAAGACGGCCCGCCACCGCCAGCAGUCGCUACUAAAUCGGCACCCGUCACGCCAAAGAGUACUGUAAAGGUUCGUGUCCCGAUCACCGGACCGAUGAGCGGCAGCCGAUCUUCCACGUCCGGCACGACGAUUCUGCCCGCUUCUGAAGCGCGAAAAGGACGACCGCCGCCGGAUAGUCACGAGAUCUACCACGUCCGGAUGCCGACCGGGGCGACAAGGAAAACCCAGCAAAUCCUCCAAAAGGCCCAGGAACUCCGCACGGCAGGUAUCCUAAAACGUGCGCAUUCUGGAGUACGGCAGGGCGGACGGCCGGUUGACCCGAUCAGCCGCGACCCGGCGGCGAAGCGACUGGCGAUGCACAACAAAUUCAUGCAGAUACAGGAAGUCUCCUCCUCAACCGACCUUUCCGAACGACUCGGCGUUCGUGGAAUGUAUUCCGACAAGACCACAGUUUCCGGCUCGUCGGGCGUCAUCCACCGCGUGCAGACCGGAAAAAUUGUGAAAAGGAUAUCCGCCCCUCCCGAUCUCUUCUCCCGCGCCCUGGCCUCUGCGUCUACAAACCUUGACGAGGCAGAGGAGGAUGAUGGGGAGCCGGUGAUUCGAGUCCGACUCAACGCCAAGCCAACGGCAGCCAGUCAAAUGGCGAAACCCCAAUCCAUCGCCACGGCCCGGGUGACGGUGAGCAAUUCGGGGGCUGGCCGGUCGUUGGUGCGCACGAUUCAACAACAGCAGCAGCAACAACCACAGCAGACGACAAGGAUUCGAAUCGGCGGCCCCGCGGCUGGAGGCGCGAUAAAGAAUGUACAGCAAAAUAAAUCGAUCUACGAGCGCAUGAAAAUCAAGGGCGGCUCCGCGGCCGGCGCGUCAAGACAGCAGCCAAAUGUGAAGAUGGUCUACCGGAGAAGCGUCGGCGACACGGUGCAAUACGAGGAUGACGAUGAGGAGGCGAUGGAUGAUACGGAAGAGCUGUACGACGACGACGAAGGGGAGGACGAGCCAGGUCGAAGCUCCAUCUUCAGCCGCAUCCGCUUG